AAUUGAAAGUAUUGCUACAUGUACAUGUUACUUGAGCGACAUAACAACAUGUACAUCCCAACAAAAAGAAAAAAAGCGGUUUUUUCCUUCUGUUCUGAUGUUUAUGCAGGUUUCUUCUAUGUAAUAAAGCUUGUCAAUGUUGUGUUGCUCACAUUGUUUUUGCUUAUUCCAAUUACUUUUCAGUUGGUAGAAUUAGAACUCAACAAUCUGGAGUGACGGGGUAGUAGCCAUUAACUUUAAAAUAAAUGGACAACUCCAGUUCGCUUAUAAUACUUAUUGUGGAUUUUAGACCUCUGAGUACAUGUAAACACAGCACUAGUGUGAGCGUCUAAUUUCUUGAAGGUCUGUAGUUCAGUCAGAUCACGCAUUUGUUCUUGACCAGUUGCUUACUUGAUCGACAAGGGAAUAUUUGCAAUUAAUAAACAAACCUUCAAUACAUCCUUCGUCUGCCAUUUCACACAAUAUACGGUCCAAAACAAGUGAAAUUGGCGAUGCCCCACGUGUGAAGGAGUAAAGAAAAUGGUGUAAAUGUUGAAAUGAGGCAUACAUGAAGUGUGUACGGUAAGACAUAAGCCGCUGAAUCGUACUCAGACCUCUCUCGUCCAGUACGUUCAAUAUGGCCGACGAAAUGGAAGAAACGCCGUCGACAAGAAAGACGAAAGAAACAAAUCCUGGUGUGGUUUACAUGAGUCGAUUACCGCCAUUCAUGAAACCAGCUAAAAUAAGAAACAUAUUUUCACAAUAUGGAGAAGUAGGGCGACUUUUCUUGCAACCAGAAGAUGUCUCUGUAAGAAAAAAGAGGAAGAAACAUGGUGGAAGUGGAAGAAAGUUAUUCACUGAAGGAUGGAUUGAAUUUAAAGACAAAUGCAUUGCAAAAGCUGUGGCACAAAGCUUGAACAAUACACCUAUCGGGGGAAAGAAAGGAGGAUAUUACCAUGAUGACAUCUGGAAUAUAAAAUAUCUUCCAAAAUUCCUUUGGGGGCAUCUCAGUGAAAAGAUUGCUUAUGAGAAAGCUACAAAGGAACAAAGAAUGAGAACGGAAAUAUCCCAAGCUAAAAAGGAGGCCAAUUUUUAUUUACAAAAUGUGGAGAAAGGAAAAGCUAUAGAUGCCAUGGAAACAAGGAAAAGAAAGAGGGCUGAUCAGAAACCUGUUGAAAAAAGACUGAGAACUUUCAAGCAGCAUCAAGCCAUAGAAGACACCAAAACAAAAAAGAUUAUCCCUGAACAAUCCGCACCGAAAGAAACAGGAAAAUCACUCAGCAAAGAUCUGCUGAGAAAGGUUUUUACCUCGACAACUGGAAGAUGACAAUGAAUGUUUUGGCAGAACUGCUACUUAUUCCUGAACAUUUGCUCAAAGGUUAUGCUGAACUAUAAAGCCAUCCAGUUCAUUUUAUCGGUUUGCCUUCAGUUACCUGUAGCUAUAUGUACUUUACGGCCAGUUUCAAGACUUUCUGUGUAGGUCCUUAUUACUGGUGUGUUGGUUUCGCGAUUUCGUCGCUUGGAGAUUGAUACUGAUUGAUCGAAAGUCGAUUCAUGUAAGUCUGCUACGUGUACAUAUGUAGUUUCUGGCACUACUUUGAUUCGUGUUUCUUCAGUUCUCUAAUAUUCCGUGUCAACCCGAUCACGUGUGGCUCAUUUGUGCCAUGUUCCUGAACUUGAACUCGUUUCCAGAAGACAAACAAUUUGCGCCGACAAAGACUUCCAACAUUUGUGAUCAUUUUCGAUCAUUUCAAAGCAUUCCUGAAUAUGUCCGUGGACUUCACACAAAGAUCCGAGGCUGUUUCGACCCAUUCCUAUAUACAUUUUGUUUCAAACGCAAACCGCCAUUAAUCCCGAGACAGGUGACAAAUGCCGGGAAGCAGAGUGCAAUAUACGACCAGGGUAAUAUGCAAUGGCUUACUGGCGUUCUGAUUGGCUGCUAAGCAUGGGAUAUGGAGAGAUACUGCUUUCAGUUCUCAGUCACCGGAGUUAUCAUUGUUGUUCUUUCGGAGUGAUCAUUGAAUUUCGAAUUAACUAAUUUUUCUUUGUCGAUGACGGGAGAGUGAAAAAGUUUCAUUAGCUAUUCGUUUCCUGCUAUGUAAAAAUACGUAUCAUGACAGACAGAACUGAACUCCAUUCAUAGCCAUUAAACCGAAAAGUCUUUCUUGAAAAUUUGAAUUUUCGUCCACUUUAUUUUAACGGACAACAUUUACAAAACUCUGUUUUUGUUAUCGAAUACUUAGAAGAACGGAGUAGAGCACAGACCAUGUUCCAAAUCGUUUGUCCUAAUUGUGCCGUCAUCCGAUUAACUUACAUAUAAUCAUAACUGUGUUAUUUAACUAACAAUAACUUCUUAAAAUAGUGUUUAGCGAGUUAGAAGUGUCUGGAGCUGAAGUGUCUGUUCACGAUUAUUCAGUUAAUUUAAAAGUUAAACUUGGUCCAAUAAGGAAACUUUAAAUAUUUCCAAUGUGCGUGCAAGAAAAAGACAGAAUUCGUUGCAAAAUAUUUGACAUCCUACUGAGUUCUGCAGCUUGUUAAAAACUAAUUAACUCAACAGCGUUCCUUUCGUGCUUGCUUGUUUUUCCAUUGUGUAUAAAACUAAUUUUGUCAUUCUCAGGACAGAGGAAUUUAGACAAAGAAGACACCAGCUGGUUCUUAAUGUUGUAGUCAGUUGACAGACUUCAUGUCGCCAAGAGACGACAUAACCGAACAAUUUCAAACGUGCAUUUUGGUGCGUUUUACUGAUAAAGUAGUUGGGGGGAGUGGGACUGGGACUAGAAGAAGCAAUAGGCGUGCAUCGGCGUGCAUAUUGUCCGUGACCUGAGUGUAUUUAUCUAAACUUCACAAUAUUGUACUCUGAACUUGCGGUAAAUGUUGGCGAAGCCGUGUUUUACUCAUGUUUGCUCGAUGUCUCAAAAUUAUCGCAGCGUAGGUAAUUGCCAAGUUUGUGGUCAGUUUUAAUGUCUGCGGGAACUGUAAGAGGAAACAAUCAACACUGGUGCUCCAAUAUAAUCAAAUGUACCGAAGCAUCCAAUAUUUUUUAUUUGAUUGUGGUUUGACAGGAACUUUAUCUUGUUUUGUGCCUUUACAUUCCAAAUUAUUCUUUCUUAAAUAUUCUAUGGUUUGUAUGUUCUCGAAACGGGUUACGAUGAACACUUUUUUUUAUAAAAGAAUAUAUUUUAUAAGAAUAUCGGCUGAA